AUGUCGCUUGCAUUCAAAACGUUGAGAAGCAGCUUAGGCUUGAAAGGAUCUGUUAGAGCCUUGUCGUCUACAUCCUCGGUGCUUGCGCCAUACAAGCAGCCGGACUUUUCCAGCUACCUUCACAACAGAAGCGAGGGUGGCAACAAGAACUUUGCCUAUUUCAUGGUCGGCUCCAUGGGCUUGUUGUCUGCCGCCGGUGCCAAGUCCACCGUGGAGGCUUUCCUUUCUUCUAUGGCUGCCUCGGCCGAUGUGUUGGCCAUGGCCAAGGUCGAGGUGAAGUUGGCUGCUAUCCCUGAGGGAAGCAACGUGAUUGUCAAGUGGCAAGGUAAGCCUGUAUUCAUCAGACACAGAACCAGCGACGAGAUCGACGAGGCCAACAAGGUGGACAUGUCCUCUUUGAGAGACCCCGAGACUGACGACCAGCGUGUCAAGAAGCCCGAGUGGUUGGUCAUGUUGGGUAUCUGUACCCACUUGGGAUGCGUGCCUAUCGGCGAGGCCGGUGACUUUGGUGGAUGGUUCUGCCCUUGCCACGGUUCCCACUACGAUAUCUCCGGUAGAAUCAGAAGAGGCCCAGCCCCAUUGAACUUGGAGAUUCCAAACUACGAGUUCUCCGACGAUGGCGUUUUGACCGUCGGCUAA